UGCUGCUACUUGUGGCCACCGACGGCGAACUGUCCCAACAAGCUUCUGCUUGACGAGAGGCGGGACACGACAGCCACGAACAGGCGGCCGCCUCCGCCGCCAUACGUCGGGUCGACGGCCCUCGCCGUCGUCGUCGUCGUCAUCAUCAUCAUUAUCACCAUCGUCACCAUUAUGAUCAUCGUCAGUAACAUUAAAUGCAAGGGACUGCUUCUCCUCGUCACAGCCGUCGCCCCCGUCGUCGUCAUCACCACCAUUGUUGUUGUUGUUGUUGUUGUUGUUGUUGUUGUGGGGGCAGUGUUCGCCGCAUUCAUCAUUGCCGUGUCCAUCAUCAUCAUCAUCAUCAUUACCACAAUCAUCACAAUCAUUGCUGUUCCUAUCGACAGCAGCGACACCGUCAAAGUCGAUGAUGACAGCAACAACAACAACAACAACAAGCAGAGUCUCGCCUAAGUGGAAAACUCUUUCCCCGUGUAAAAUGUCAUCACAGUAUCAGCAGUGUCCGCAUCACUCUCAGUCAUCACUGUCUUAGUGAACCCAAAGGAAUAGCAGUUGCUCAUAGGAAUCGGAUACCUCGCCGGCGACUAAAAAGCAAAAUCUUUCAGUUGUGCAGGCGUGAGUUCGGUAAGCCUGUGCAGACGUCUGUUUGCCUGUGUGUAUGUAUGUGUUCCGAUGCGUUUGUGCCUGUUUGUUCACUGCAUAGAGCAGUGAGUGACGUGAGUGAAUUGUAUGUUGUUAUGUGCAGUGAAUGUUCUAUUGUGCUUUACUGUUAGAAGUCUGUAAAGUUGCGCCCUCAGGGGCAGCCAGACGGACCGUGCACGCACAAACGUUUCAAGCUGCGCCCAGGAUGCUCUUGUCCUCCGAUGCCUGAACGCAGUUCAAGAGGUGGCAAACGGACGACAAAGGAAGAGACAAAAACGACCAACAGGAAAGAGAAAAGCAACUUGAUUGAGAGGCAGGCAGACUGACGCGGGAGCGGGUAGUGCAGGUGUUGAAAGAAGACCAACCUAACCCGGCGGGACUAUGCGAUGCUCUUGACAGACACGUGGUGGUUCGAACCCGGGCAUAGACACUGGUCACAAAGCUGGCUUCAGCUCGGAACAUUCAUUUCAGUUUAGACAAACACAAGCAUAUGCGAUCGUCAGUGGCGUCGUCGUCGUUGCGACGCGGGGGCUUUCCGCUGGCGCUGGACGCGGUUACCAGCUGCGGUUGUGGAUUGCAGUUGCGAAUGGACUGAUUGUAUGCUCCAGCAAAGGGAACAACAGAAAAAGAAGAAGUAACAGCUGAAUCAACAACGGCAUAUCUGCUAUUAUAAUCAACGGAAGAGGCAGCAGCAAUAAAAAAGAUAUCAAAAAUAAAAACAGUAGCAGCAGUGUGCGGAGUCAUCUUUGUGGUUGUGAUGCGGAUAUUGAUAACAGUUACACUGGACGCAUUGGCGUUGAUUAGUGCUAGAGCCGGCGUUCAAGUCUGCAUUCCUAUUUGUGCUGCUGCUGUUGACGACGAAGGUUUGCUCGAAAAAGAGGCGGAUUGCAAUUGUGGGGCGGGCGAGCGGCCCGCGCCGUGCGUUCGCCGAUGAUCAUCGUUACACAGAAGAGCGCGCAGUCGCUCCUGCCGCCGUCGCCGCCACCCCCAAAGAGACGCGCAGCAGCCGCCGUCGCUUUUGUUGUUGCUGUUGUUGUCGCCGCCGCCGCCGUUCGGCUGUUAUUUGCGCGCCCCAGAGUAUCGCGAAGUCAGAGUGACGCGCUCGCAGCGAGGUCGGCCCGACCCGGGCGUCGGCCUCAGGUGCAGAAGCGCCCGCGAUGAACCUCGACGCCGAGAACCGGGUUGUGCUCAACGUGGGAGGGAUCCGCCACGAGACGUACAAGGCCACCCUCAAAAAGAUCCCAGCGACGCGCCUUUCUCGUUUGACAGAGGCGCUUGCAAAUUAUGAUCCAAUAUUGAACGAGUAUUUUUUCGACAGACAUCCGGGUGUGUUCGCCCAAAUCCUUAAUUAUUACCGCACUGGUAAACUACACUAUCCGACGGACGUGUGCGGUCCUCUGUUUGAAGAGGAGCUUGAAUUUUGGGGGCUGGACGCGAAUCAGGUCGAGCCGUGCUGUUGGAUGACCUACACACAGCAUCGAGAUGCCCAGGAGACGUUGGCAGUGCUCGAUAGACUUGAUCUGGAUACCGACAAGCCCAGCGACGAAGAAAUCGCGCGGAAGUUCGGCUUUGAGGAAGACUACUACGCCGGCCGAAUCACCUGGUGGCAAAAGACCAAACCUAAAAUAUGGUCAUUAUUUGAUGAGCCAUAUUCGUCAACAGCGGCUAAGGUGAUCGGUGUUAUGUCGGUGUUUUUCAUCUGCAUUUCUAUAUUGUCGUUUUGUCUAAAAACGCAUCCAAAUAUGAGAGUACCAGUUAUAAAGAAUAUCACGAUUCAGACGUCGACACAGGAACUUGCUUGGACCCUUGACAAGCAACAAACGAACCCGCAUGAGGCCUUCUUCUAUAUCGAAGUCGUCUGCAACGCAUGGUUCACCAUCGAAAUCUUGACGCGUUUUAUAGCGUCACCGUCAAAGUUGGAUUUUGCUCGUGGCGCGGUCAAUAUCAUUGACUUUACAGCCACACUGUCUUUUUACAUUGACUUGGCUCUCCAGAGGUUUGCCUCUCAUCUAGAAAAUGCAGACAUACUUGAAUUUUUCUCUAUUAUCCGUAUUAUGCGGUUAUUUAAAUUAACACGCCAUUCGGCCGGUCUGAAAAUCCUCAUACAGACGUUCAAGGCAAGCGCGGGGGAGUUGAUCUUGUUAGUCUUCUUCCUCGUUCUCGGCAUUGUGAUAUUCGCGUCGCUCGUCUACUACGCUGAGAGGAUCCAGACAAACCCCGACAACGACUUCAAUUCGAUCCCGCUCGGCCUUUGGUGGGCCCUGGUCACGAUGACCACUGUAGGCUACGGGGAUAUGGCCCCGAAAACCUACGCGGGAAUGUUUGUCGGAGCACUCUGCGCCCUGGCCGGAGUGUUGACCAUUGCGCUGCCAGUACCUGUUAUUGUAUCCAAUUUUGCUAUGUUCUAUUCGCAUACACAAGCGAGGGCCAAGCUGCCCAAAAAGCGGCGCCGAGUUCUCCCGGUCGAAGUGCCCCGGGGGCCGAAUCGCCGAGGCGCUGCCCACGACGUCAAGGGAUUCCGAGACGCCACGAUAAGCAGCAAGUUAGGACGACAAGGUACAGACGAUCCAAUUCGACCACCACGACCGCCGUUAAAACCGCGAGCCCCGGUGCUCAAAGAGGAGUACGUCCCGAUGCUGUCCAUCAACCACGCCGAAGGUCUCAACCCUAAUGCGAAGCCGCGGCGACCAAGCGAUCAGAAUAAACCAGUCUCCGUCAGCCCCGGAGCAACAUCAUCUGCCAUGCAACCUUCGGGCUCCACGUCGGCAGCCCCUACGAGUCCGGGGGGCGCAAGUAGUUCUGGAACAACCACAAAAGCGCCUGCCAAUGAUCCUUUCCCGUUGCAACUGGCGGCGUAACAAGGGGCCGAACUCAGACAUCGACUAGACGUUAGCUUAGGACCGGGUAGAUAGUUGGUGAUGAUAAGGCUAAUCAGCAUAUCAACAUAGCCGCACACAUAUAGAGGACGACGCCUAAAUGGUUUUAAAAAACAAAAAUUGGCACUUGCCCUCUAGGGAUUCAGGUGAUCACGACACUCGCUGGAAAACGUGCACAUAUAUGUAAGCAAUUGUAGAAACGAACCAGUCAAUGUCAGGACACCUAUUCCGUCCCGGCCAUCCCAGAGGAAUGAAGACUGGUCGCAGUAGUUCUAGUACUAGCAAUGGUAACUGUUUACAAUUUUUCGAAACUAUGCCCGUCUACCGCAAGCAGUGAAAUCUUAUUCACGCAGUCCGUAAGUUAGGAAGCAUAAGCAACUGCAGACAAAUAUGCAAGAUGCGAAGUGCAUCAACGGGAUCGCACUAUCGUAGCAUGCUUCUGACUCGGUGCUUCUCAUGCCAAUCAGCUUGAACAUAGUGUAACACACACGGUUACAAGUACACCCGAAAGAGACGAGACGGACUAUGUCGUUCUAGCAACGUGGUCUGUCGGAGGGAAAGACGCACGGGCCGAAGACGUAUCUAUAUACACACGGUUUACUGUUACUACUGCUACUACUACUACAGAAAGGUAACAAAUAAACAUAGACCAAUGGACCGAUCUCAUGGAUAGCAGUCGUGGCGCUAAAUCUGUGCUCGAAGUCCAACUGCUUUUCCUGGCGAUCAGACGGCGACUCUCUAUGAUAUUAGCCUAAUUUGCAUCAACAGCAAAAACUAAGAUUAUAAAAUAAAAUUACAGCUGUAAUUAUGCUUACACAAUAGCUAUUACGAAGAGAACGAUCUGGUGCGUUUUCCAUUUACCAUACGUGAAAAAACAAUAACACUAUCGUGAAUCAGUGUGAAAGAGCUUGUUUCCGCAACUUUAUUUUUCCUCGCAGUGUUCGAGUGACUGUGAUUAUUGCAUAUAAAGAUCCAUUCUUUGCAACCCCCAAUGAACUUUUAACGAUCGUUCCCUACCACUGCAAUCGCCGUUUGGAUCCUCGUUAACCUCUUGAGUAACGUUCUCAAUUUGAAUUCUAGACUCUGUCAACGAAUGACAAUAUACAAAUAGACAUCUACAAUAGCAAUAGUAUCCAUAGAUGAAUCGCUUUCAAAUCACCGAGUCGUCUUGUGCGUGUUUCUAUCUUUUUUGACAAGAGGACUUCUAUUCUACGCAAAUGGCGAAUUUCCAUUCGCUUGUUCCUAACAAUUCAAUGAUAGUCUGCGAAUUUGAAAUAGAAAACAGUAAUAAAACGAGUGCUAAUAUCAGCUGAAUUUAUACUGUAGGUGUUUUCCGCACUCCUACCUAAUACCGAAAUUUUCGAAGAUAAUUGGCCAUGUUCUAUAGCCUUGUCAACAGCCUGUAUUAUACGUGCAAAAGGCCCAAUUUUUUAAAAAUGUAAGUGAUGUAACGGUUCGACAAAUAGUCCAGUGUUUGACUGGUUAGUCGAUUUUUUUUUUAUUAUGUUUCGUCGCAUUAGUCGCACGUCGUGGACCGGUGCAGAAAUAAUUCAUUCUAGUCGAUGUUAACCCUGCCAGUAGAAAUUCAAUAAAUAUCAGAAACUAACUAAAUAAGUAAUCAGCAGUAAACAUAGCGAGAACAAAACUCUGGUGUGCCAAGACAAAAAGGAAAAGAGAAAAGCAUCAGUAAACGAAUGAUAAGGAAGUAGAAUUCAUCUUGAGCACGGGUCACCACAACUACUACGGCUGGCAUCGUAUCGAUCGCCGCUAUCAAUGGCCGUCAUUAUUGCCAGUUGGCUGGCGAAGUAAACAGAUGAUGAGAUGAAGAGCGCGUAAGAAUGAAGAAAAAAACGUCUACGUUCAAUUAUCGAACCCAUUACUAUGCACUUGUCACACGGUGCAAAGGCUGAUCUGCUGGACGACAGAAUUAUUGCUACUGUUUUGUAACGGUGAGCAUAUAUGAAUAUAUAUUACUUUAUUCAUCACAGGUACCUAGAAGAUAAGCGAAAUGCUGCUAGCCUGACAAUAAGCGGCCUGACUUCUAUAGAGGAGAUCAGCGGAUGUUUCUUUGUCCGUAAUGCGUUCAAGAUCUUAAAGUUCCAAAGAACUGCGUCAAAGGUAUAUUUACGAUUGUCUUGGCCUACCUCAAUUAUGACUAACUCUCAAUGCUUUAAGUAUUUUCAUGAGAAAAAAAAAGAUAAAUUUAAAUCAAAAUAACAGCGCCUUCAACCUCUUCCGCCACAUCUUCAGCGUUCAUUCUUGAUACUAAGAGAGGCUAUUUAACUACGAUUCAGCAUGUUCAAACCGAAAUUGAUCUUCCUUUCGCUGCAUCAUAUAUUUCUAACGCUAUGAUAUAGCCUUCUGCGAAAAAGAAAUGGGUGGUCCAGCAACAUAGAAAAAUAUUCUUUUACAUUUUGUAGAAAUAGAAGGAUACUGCUUCUAAAGAUCGUUUCGUCGUGGCUUACGAUGGCAAUUAAAUGUUGUUCGAGCGAUUUGUCUUGGUAAUUUACCAUUGAAGUCCGAUAGCCCAGUUUCUCCCUCUGCUUUUAGCUCCCAACCAAAGUAUUACCGAAUAGCGUAACUAUCAUACACACACAUAUAUAUCCUCCACCUAAAUAUGCUUUUUUUUUUUGGGGGGGGGGGGUGAAUGCUUUACCUGCUACAACCAAUUAUGUCAUUACAAUACUAAUUACCUAGCUAACGAUAACUCUGUAUAUAUCUUCGAUACUGCUCAUGUCGUAUGAGUAUACGUGCUGCUGUAGACCCGACAUCCUGUGAGACAAAGCUAGACCAAACUAAUACAAUCGAGCUCAUUACAGAAGCUUGAUCUUUUUACCUGUAGGACCCUUGAGUGACGAUGAACAGCCCCGAAAGCACAAAUGAAUUCACAAACGAGAUAGGUCACACUUCGUGGUGGGUCAAUCGGUACUUUACCAGGCUAGAGACAUGGUCGUCUGAAUCCUACAAAGUAUGUAUCACAACAUAUUCGAAUGCUUGACUAUUCGAUGAUACACUGCAUCUUGGUAAUUUGGAAGACUUUGUUACCAUUGAACGUUAGUGUCAAAAAAGGCAGGAAGAACUGUCAAGCUAUUUCGUAACGUCCCGAGAACCAUCGACUGACAAUUUCAAACAAAAGAUAAAUUGUAUAUUAAGGCUGAGAGGAAUUAGUAGUAUGCCUUUCAAAAUACUAUUAAGGUGCUCCAACGAAAGUGUAAAUAAACAUGUAUUUGAACGUCUCAUAGUGCUAAGUAAUUACCGAGCUAGUUGAUUGUACCAGGAGUGGUAGCUUUGAAUGAGUUGCAUAUGAAAGUAUCAGACAUACAUUCGUAUGUCAGAAGAAGAAGAAGAAAAAGUAAGGUUAAGGGGCAACUGAAGACGAUAAUCGACGUUGAACGCAUGCUCAUGGUCAUGAUUAUGCAGGCAGUAAAAGUAUGGCCACAAAAAUGGCGCAUAGCGUGAACACACCGAUAUAAGAAAUGGAGUAAAGCUGAUCGACUAAUCAGCGUCUAGACGACGCAUUGAACCUAAUGCUUAGGAGUGUUAUCGCCUCAUCACUUGAAAUAUCAUUGCAGGCUCGUUCAAUGGUAUUGAUAAAUGUACAGCAAAGGUAGAUUUUGAAUCGCCAUUCAAUAACCAAGAGCAAAGCGAAUAUUGCAUCAAAUAGAUUUCACGGGAACCAGGGUGUGCGGCGGCGGCGGCGGCGGCGGCGGCGGCGCAGGUACCCCUCGCUUUUGGUAGAGGUUUCUGUCACACAACAUUCACGUGUAUCCAUGACUCCUUUAUCUUUUGAGGAAAAAAAAUAUGGCUACCCCUGUUGACCGCCCUUAUCGCCAGCCAGUGAACAUAUGUUACACAUAUCAACUAUCCCACCUCCUAAAAUGACCAAAUGAAACGUAUGGCGGCCGGCCGGGACGUCUCGCUCUCUCCGGUCGGGACCAAUUCAAAAAGCAAUUAAUCAAUGGCAGGAGAAAGUACCGUUGUUGUUAGGAAAUUACGAAACUGAAGACCACGAUAGCGAGCGACACUGCAGCGCCGUUCUAAUAGCGAUGAUACUACAUACGAAUAGUAAUGAUCACAGUAUCGACAUUACCAAUAAAGGAACAUGUAUGUGUAGAACUCCAGAGUCUCCGAACCAAGUCUUGCUAGAUGAUUACGAGCAAUGCGACUUUUCGUCAUCUAUGUUCCCGGACAUAGCCAGAACAUUAGAACCUUAAUAAAAUAUGAGGGUUGGGUUUAAUAGAUUCAACUCUCCACCCACUCACCCAACUGCUGCCUUUUCAGUGAUCUCGUGGUGUAAAAAAGUAUACGCGUAUGAUACAAGUGGUCACCCUCUGGUCUAUGAAGAUUUUCAGGUCGUCACAUGACCUCGAUCAGGAAUAACUACUAAGUAAGGGGCAGCUUAUUGUGCCAGCACCGACAGGGAACGUUAUCGUUUUUGUCGAUCGAGAUAUAGCACAAACGUUCUCGUAGUAACCAAAAUGAUGAGAGGCGUUGAUGCUACCCCUUUGUCGUUGAGGCAUACCGAUGGCUCUAUGGGACCAAAUGAAAUCGGUGAAACUAAACAACACUUAUAGUACUAUAAUAUAAAUUAACAACAAUGAUAUACAUAAUUGUUAUAGUGAUUAUAAAACUAGCACCGCUAUUUAUAAUAAUCACAAUACUAACUCCUCGAUCACUGCGUAACAACUGCAACGACUCGGCUUACAACUCCGAUAUAUACAUGGAAAAAAUAGAACAGCAACAGCAGCAAUGAAAAGGAACAAAAAAACAAUUGCGGACAACGAGGUACCACCGUUGCGCGACCGAUAGGGGGUAUCGUACCUAGUACUACUAUUGCUGCUGCUGCUGCUGCUGCUGCUGCUUCUGCUUCUGCUUUCAUCGUUUUGCCAACACGGAAAACGUACACAAUACGCGAUAGUACGCAUUCACACCCUCAUACAAUGGCUAAUAUAGAUGGCUGACGCAGAGACCCGACCUAUCUUCACUCCACCUGUGACACCAACGAAUCUACAACGAAAUGUUUUCCCCUUUAUAAUGUGCCAGGCCAAACUUCACGGUAUACGCACUGACGUUGAUGACCGCCUCCUGUUUUCGUUCGCUUUUCGAUAACUAUCUAAGCCUUUCCCAGUUUUCAAACGAUACAACCAGCGCUAACAAGGCUACAAUCGAUUUAAAGGUAAACAAAGUCAACAGAAAUGGUAGAAAAAGAUUCACAUACCUAAAUACAUGCACAAAUAUUACAAUGACGAUUGUAAUAACGAUGACGGUACUAUAAAUUGAAGCCGUAUAAACACACACGCACAUAAACAGCUAUUUGCUUACAGAUGAAGCAAUGAAUUAAGCAAAUUGCUUUGAUCGAGCGUUGAGGAUUUCGAAUAAAUCGACGGUCUAUUGGUCUGCUGAAUAACAACAGCCAAACGAACACAGUAACAAGUACCUAUUUUGUCUUUUAUCGGAACUAUUUUCGAUGAAACGUACUUAUUUAGGCAUCUUGUACGUACGAACAAAUACAAAGAAACAGAAAUAAUAAAUUUCAAGGAAAAUGCCUCGUUGGCUUAUCGAGCACUAUGCAGUCUGAGCAUGCGGGGUCAAGGCACACGCUUAUGAAUACGUAUUGCCUGUGCUCGUCGUCACGCGACAACAGACAGAGAUCGUACAGCGAUGACGACGAAGAAUGAAGAGCGUCAACACGACGAUAUUGAUGACGGAUAAUGAUAAUAAGCAUAAAUUAACGAGAAAAAAGUAGCGGUAAUUUGAAGAACUACUGCUGUGACGAAUGUGUGCGGAAGCGUGUCUGUGCGUGUGUUGCGUGUGACUCACCAAAGAGUCGUAGUCUAAAGGAGAAAUAUCGGUAGAAUGUGAAACGGAAAACAUAACAGGCGGCUGAUGAUGAUGAUGUCGGCGAUGGUGAUGAUUCAAGAUCUAGAGCAUCGAUUGUGGAUUUACUAUCGCCGAUCAGCGUAGGUAGGCCGCGCUGCGGAAACCUGACUGAGGUCAACAGGGAAUCAUUUAGGAAGCCCCGGGACUAGGCCCCUACGUCCCGGCGGGGUCCGCGGCCCCGGUCUUCAGCGUCCGUACCACAUGGCACCGUAUCUAACGUAACAAUGUAUUGUUUGUUGACUAUUUUAACUGAAUUGAAUAUUAGCUAUUCAUUAAUCUUGCAUUAAAUUCAGCAGCUUAAACGACUGAGCCAUGUUGGAAAAGUUAAGAACUAUCCAUAUGAUAACAAUUCAAUUAUAAUAAAAGGGAUGAUGCGAAUAAAUAUCAUUAUAGCUGUAAGAGUGAUGAUAAUAUAUUUACGAUAGAAAGAGUACGAGUAUGGGCAAAGGAAAAGGGAACGGGCAGCGAAACAGGCGGACGACGCUCUUCUUGUCGUAGGCAACAUGGGGUAAAGCGAUGCUAUUUUGAUUGAUUUGCUGUGACUGAUUGAACAGUAUCACGACUUCAACAGGCACGAUGUCGUAAUGCGAGAGCUAUGUAUACAUACAUUAAGGUUGAGCUGACGGUUCGUUUCAAGGUCUUCAAUCCAUAUUAUUACUGUCACAAAACAGAUAUAGAGUAAGUGUAUAACUAUAAUUAUUAAAUAAAGCAAAAUACUUGUGGUAACGCUUACAUCAAAACUAUGCCUAUAGUAACAUGUCACUUGUAUCUAAUCGGAGUGAGGAAUACAUCAGAGUUACCCUAACGAUAACUGUGGAGUUAACCACCACCACUUUCCCAACAACAGAAAGGGGCAUGCAUACCUAUUUAGUUUUUCCUUAAUGCUUAGCGCGCACCUACUUCCUACGAGUUCUCACAAGGUUAAAUAACUGCCGUAUGUGGUAAAGACCGUCGCUUCAACUAUUCUUCGAUGUCACACAUCAAAUGGUGUUUGUCACUAACUCCGCGCACACAAGCGUUACGCUUAAUGUUCUGGCACGUAUUUAAUUCCCGUACUCGGUGUGCACUCAAUUGCCCCUCGUUCUCAGCGUGAAACCUGGGGACGGGGAAGACAUUUGAAAAAGUCAUACCGCUCAGUCUGUGACUUUACGGCUGCUAUUGCGUACCACUCGAUAACUGUAACAUUUAUAGUAGUAUUAUAAUAUUGAUUCAUAAAUUAUUACGACGCCGACGAUGAAAAUGAUUGAUAUUGCUUCGAUUACCUAAAUCAUGCGAAGAGACAAAAUUCUAUAGGAGCUAUAAUGGUGAUGAUAAUGGCGGUACUAUAAAAACACGAUACCUUGAGGGCUCCAAUGAAGAGUAUUAGACAGGUGGUGGCCGUCAACUACUUUGCUAAAGUCUGCGCAUUGUUGUUGUGUGACCAUUUCCGACUACAGAUACGAAAGUAAGUCGGCCGACGGCUGGAUGUGUAGAAUGUCACAAAACAGAUAGAGCCGCAGAUUACCGUCUCAAGAAAAAGUGACCUAUAUAGCACAGCGCUGCUUGCCCGUCGACCCAGCGGAUCGUUACUUUGCACACAGUUUAUAUUUCCGCACCAAUAUUCUCCGCCCUAAAUGAAAAGUGCCCGCCCUCGGGAUCAUUAAUGAAUGUUAUUUUAACUCCUAUCAGUAUCAAUGCGAUUCCUACUACCGGUCUAACUUCGCAUAAAAAGGUAGCCAGGAGUUAGCUCGAAAUCAGCUCCCUUUCUGUCCAAUUUCAUCCCUGCGGCCAUAAAUCUGUUCCGGUUGCGUCGUUGGUAACUGAUGAUAACAACGAUAAUUAGGAACCAGCCGACAAGUUAUAAUGUAUAUAUUAUAAUUCAUACCUGCUAUUACACUUGGCCCGGAGGAUGAUGAGGGACCAGAGAAAGCUGAAAAUGGGAAUAAUCGAAAAAAAUAAAGACGAAGUGGCUAAGAAAAGUUUUCAUUAAGCAGGCUGGUAAUGAUGAUGAUGAUGAUGACGACGAUGAUGAUGAUGAUGACAAUUUUAACAGUAAUAACAUAGGGGAAAAAAUUCCAAUAUAGAAGGAAAAGCUAUGAGAUAAGGAAUACGACCGCAACAACAACGCAGCAUUAAGACAAAAUUACAAUUGAGCCAGACGACGAUGAUGAAAAAGAGUUACAGGAAUGAGAGAGUGAGCGUAAGAGAAACGCGCGACAGGAACGUUAGCGAGAGAGUGGCAAGAAGAAGGAGAGAGAGGGGAAAUAAGGAAGAAAGA